AUGGCAGAGGAGUGUCCUUUCUGUGAGGGUCAGCAGGGUGAAUAUCCUAAUUUAGGUAACUGUGGAUUACUUAUGGCCGCAUAUAUACUUGCUGGUCUAGCAAUGAUGCUUAACAUUAGGCUUUCUUAUAGUUCAGCUCCAUACGCACUCAUUAGGUUCCAACUUCCAGAGAAUCUCUUCAGUGUUUUUGUAAGAAGAAUGGCUAGUGCUUUGGAACUCUGGUGCUUACCAAGCAUGCUACUAGGCAAUAUCAUUGACCUACUUCAAAAACUAGUUGAAGGUGGACACCAAGUAAGAGCACUCAUAGAGAAGGCAGGAGAAAUACAGACUAAGGCCGGAACACUUAGCUCAACUGCUACAAGCCAAGCUAGUGGUGUUGGUGGUGUCAAUACUGUAGCCUCAUCUCUAGCCGCUAAUGCCCAAGCACUUAACACCGCAGCCACUCAACUACCUACUGCUGAUGGACUUACUGAACUUCAAGAACAAGCCACAGCUCUAGCCACUGCAGCCAAAGGCUCUGAUGGUGGUGAAGAUAAAGAUAGUCUACAUCAUCAUGCAGGAGAACUACAAAGUGACCAAACUAAUGUAGAUAAGGCCAUAGCAGUCAUAGAUGCAUUCAAGAAGGUCGCUGAAGCAUACGAAAAACUGUCAAAACAAACGACAUACCAAUCCAAUAAACCAACAGCAGAAGAAGCCAAACAACCAUCAUCUCUACCUCCUGCUAAAGAAAAGGUCAAUAAGGUUGAAGAAGCCUGGGAAGGGGUCAAUACCCAAUUCGGAACACUUUGUAAGGCACUCUUCAAGUACUACGCAGACCAGAUUAACACUAGGGCCACUUCAAUAACCAAUGUUGAUACUGCCCGAGCCUUCAAAGAAAAAUAUGACCAGUUUGGAAAGAUCUACGACUCAAUACCUGAUGAUACUGCUGAUAAAUCUACUGUCCAAAAUCAAUGGACGGAACUCAAAAAUGUCAUCAUUGGUGAAAUGAAACUUUGGAAAUUCUAUUGGAUCAUUGGUCCAUCCAUAGCUACUCAGUGGUUAAACUUCCUGACAUAUUAUACCAAUAUGCUUUGGGGCAACCUAAUGGAAAUUGGCCUGAAGUCAUACUAUCUACACGAAGGGUACAAGAAAUGGAACGACGGCAAGUACAAACCUCUCAAAGGUGGUAAUCUAUACAAAUCCACCGACAGCAGCGCCAUCACCGACGAAGACCUCAUACCUGCUAGAGAGGAUAAAUUCAAAGUUAUCAUUGUUCCUUCCAUAGUCAGUCAGUGGUUAAAUUUCCUGACAUAUGCCAAUCAACUAUUUACCGAUGCCACUUCACUAGAAACUGCACUAAGUGGUGCUGAAAAUGCUAAAGCAAAAGCUCAAGCUCUUGUCACGGCACUGAAACAAGCCGCCAGCAAUACUAGUCCAAAGGGUCUUAAAGACUUACUCGAUGAACUUAGUGGUCUUACUGGCUUUACACAAAUAUUUGCUCAGGCCCAGAAGGUUCAGCAGCAGUAUGAAACUGUUGAACGAGAGUACAACAAUGUGAAAAAUGAUGGUAAGGCUAAAGCUGAAUCUAAAUUUAAAGAUGUUACAAAUGCAUUCGAAGCACUUCAAACUGAGUAUACCAAUGCUGUAUCUCCUGACAAGUUCAACUGGAUCAUAGGGCUUAAAACCUACUAUAAAAUACAAAACUACGAGAAAGACAAAGGCGCCAACGGAGAAAAUCUCAAAGACACCAGCGGCGACUUCAAAACUCCCAGACUAGCAAAAUUAUACACUAUUAUAGUUCCUUCCAUCAUUGCUCAAUGGUUUAAUUUCCUUAACUAUGUUAUUCUAUUGUUUGUAUAUCGUGGUGGUGGUGAUACUGGACGAUAA